CCCAUCACCAGCAGUCACGUCACUCCAGGAAUUGAGCAGGGGUGAGGAGCCGAGGGAUAAGGGGCGGGAUGGAGGCCCCAUUCCCCGAGGUUGCCUAGACAACAUCAAAAAAUCGUAGCCAGGGCCUCUUCCGCCCGCCGGGCCUCUGCUUCCUGCAUCAGUCACUCCCGCUGGGGGCGGGGCGGAGGAAGGGGUUGGAUGUGGCAAAGCGAGGCUCCGCCCGGAGCCGCUCAGGCUCCCCCCACCUCUUGUCGCCGCGGCCCCAGCCAUGGCAUCCUAUCCAUCUGGCCCCAGCAAGCCCAAGGCCAAGUAUCCCUUUAAGAAGCGGGGCAGCCCUCAGGCCUCCGCCACAGUACCAGAGGCCCGAGCUGGGCUGGGGGCCCCUCCACUGCAGUCCACCCGCUCCCUGCCGGGACCCACCCCCUGCCUCAAGCACUUCCCACUUGACCUGCGCACUUCUAUGGAUGGCAAAUGCAAGGAGAUUGCUGAGGAGCUGUUCAGCCGCUCGCUGGCUGAGAGUGAGCUCCGAAGUGCCCCCUAUGAGUUCCCUGAGGAGAGCCCCAUCGAGCAGCUGGAGGAGCGGCGCCAGCGCCUGGAGCGGCAGAUCAGCCAGGAUGUCAAGCUGGAACCAGACAUCCUGCUUCGGGCCAAGCAAGACUUCCUGAAGACAGACAGUGACUCGGACCUACAGCUCUACAAGGAGCAGGGCGAGGGCCAGGGCGACCAGGGCCUGCGGGAGCGCGACGGGCUGAUGGAGCGGGAAUUCCAGCGGGUCACCAUUUCUGGGGAGGAGAAGUGUGGGGUGCCGUUCACAGACCUGUUAGACGCAGCCAAGAGUGUGGUGCGGGCCCUCUUCAUCCGGGAGAAGUACAUGGCCCUGUCGCUGCAGAGCUUCUGCCCCACCACCCGCCGGUACCUGCAGCAGCUGGCCGAGAAGCCUCUUGAGAUCCGGACCUACGAGCAGGGUCCUGAGACCCCUGUGUCUGCCGAUGCCCCGGUGCACCCCCCUGUGCUGGAGCAGCACCCUUACGAGCACUGUGAGCCAAGCACCAUGCCUGGGGACCUGGGCUUUGGGCUGCGCAUGGUGCAAGGCGUGGUGCAUGUCUACACCCACAGGGAACCUGAUGAGCAUUGCUCAGAGCUGGAGCUGCCGUACCCCGACCUGCAGGAGUUUGUGGCUGACGUCAAUGUGCUGAUGGCCCUGAUUAUCAACGGCCCCAUAAAGUCGUUCUGCUACCGCCGGCUGCAGUACCUGAGCUCCAAGUUCCAGAUGCACGUGUUACUCAACGAGAUGAAGGAGCUGGCUGCCCAGAAGAAGGUGCCCCACCGGGAUUUCUACAACAUCCGCAAGGUGGACACGCACAUCCACGCCUCAUCCUGCAUGAACCAGAAGCACCUGCUGCGCUUCAUCAAGCGGGCGAUGAAGCGGCACCUGGAGGAGAUUGUGCAUGUGGAGCAGGGCCGCGAGCAGACGCUUCGGGAAGUCUUCGAGAGCAUGAACCUCACUGCCUACGACCUGAGUGUGGACACGCUCGACGUGCAUGCGGACAGGAACACCUUCCAUCGCUUUGACAAGUUCAAUGCCAAGUACAACCCUAUUGGGGAGUCUGUCCUCCGGGAGAUCUUCAUCAAGACCGACAACAGGAUUUCUGGAAAGUACUUUGCUCACAUCAUCAAGGAGGUGAUGUCAGACCUGGAGGAAAGCAAAUACCAGAAUGCUGAGCUGCGGCUCUCCAUCUACGGGCGCUCACGGGAUGAGUGGGACAAGCUCGCGCGCUGGGCUGUGAUGCACCGCGUGCACUCGCCCAACGUGCGCUGGCUCGUGCAGGUGCCUCGCCUCUUUGACGUGUACCGGACCAAGGGCCAGCUGGCCAACUUCCAGGAGAUGCUGGAGAACAUCUUCUUGCCGCUUUUUGAGGCCACUGUGUACCCUGCCAGCCACCCGGAGCUGCACCUCUUCUUGGAGCAUGUGGAUGGCUUUGACAGUGUGGAUGACGAGUCCAAGCCUGAGAACCACGUCUUCAACAUGGAGAGCCCCCUCCCUGAGGCUUGGGUGGAGGAGGACAACCCACCCUACUCCUACUACCUGUACUACACCUUCGCCAACAUGGCCAUGCUGAACCACCUGCGCAGGCAGAGGGGCUUCCACACGUUUGUGUUGAGGCCGCACUGUGGGGAGGCCGGGCCCAUCCACCACCUGGUGUCUGCCUUCAUGCUGGCUGAGAACAUCUCCCACGGGCUGCUGCUGCGCAAGGCCCCAGUCCUGCAGUACCUGUAUUACCUGGCCCAGAUUGGCAUCGCCAUGUCCCCGCUCAGUAACAACAGCCUCUUCCUCAGCUACCACCGGAACCCGCUACCUGAGUACCUGUCUCGCGGCCUCAUGGUCUCGCUGUCCACUGACGACCCCCUGCAGUUUCACUUCACCAAGGAACCACUGAUGGAAGAGUACAGCAUUGCCACCCAGGUGUGGAAGCUCAGCUCCUGCGACAUGUGUGAGCUGGCCCGCAACAGCGUCCUCAUGAGCGGCUUCUCCCAUAAGGUGAAGAGCCACUGGCUGGGACCCAACUACACCAAGGAAGGCCCUGAGGGCAAUGACAUCCGCCGCACCAACUUGCCGGACAUUCGCGUGGGCUACCGCUACGAGACACUGUGCCAGGAGCUGGCCCUCAUCACGCAGGCCGUCCAGAGUGAGAUGCUGGAGACCAUCCCAGAGGAGGCGGGCCUCACCCCUAGCCCGGGGCCUCAGUGAGCCUGGCCAAGCUGUUUCCACUGCAUCUCAGCACCCUGACCACGUUUUUUUCUCAGACCUCUCCUGUCACAUCGUGGUCUCUGCAUGUCUUGGUUCUUCUCUGUUUUUGUCCUGCAUGUCUGACCACAUAGCUGGCCCUGUGCCACCCAGUGAAAGCAAUGCCCAGGAAUCUGCUUCUCCAUUGUCUUGGCUCAGGCUGCAUCUGAUGGCCAAGGGUUUGAGGGCUGGCCCUGCUGGUGGACCUGCCCUAGGAUCCUCUGAGGCCUGACUGUCCUGCGGGUGCCUCCAGUGGCCACAGGUGCCUGGCGAGGUUGUGGGAGCUGGCACCUGUACCCUUUGGGGUCCUGCCUGGGCACAUCCAAGCUUUGGCCAGGGCCUACAUUCAGGCCCCACCUUGUUUAUGUGGCUUUUACUGUGGCCGAGAACUCAGCUGUAGCCCAAGCUGCCUGGUC